UUUGUCGGAAUUUUAAAUUAUACACAGAAAUUUGAUAUGAGCAACUAUAUUCUAAUUUUUCCACUUGAAAAUAAUUAUAAAUUCCACCAAACUCAGACAGAACCCUGACGUGAUUGUUCUUGACCUUCUGAUCAUCAAAUCGUAGCCUUUCGUUUCAUUCAUAGCUUUUCCACCACUCUUUUAAUGCCACGUAGCCUACUUCCUACACAAGCAAGAGAUCCCUCCCUAGCAACACCUAGACAUAUAGGUCCCACGUGUUCUCUGUUAUCGGGACCAAAAUUUUUUUUUCCUUAAUUUCCAAAAAAUAAAAAAGAAAAUUUCUCCCUUAUCAAACGGGUCCGGUUCACGUAUACACGAAUCAAAGCUUUAUAUUUCCCGUUAAGUAACCGAUUUAUGUAACGCCGUCAAAUCAAGUCUCUUGUAUAUAAAUACCCGAACUCCAACAUGCUCCCUCUUCGUAACGUAAAACCCGGAGAUGUAUAUCUGAAACUUUCCUUUUAUUUUCCAUUUUAAAACUGUUUCGGAUUCCAACAUCGAUAUAUCGCCGGCGUUUUUGUCUUCUCAGAUAAAAUUUGUCUGUUUUAUCUUGGUUUUGUUUUUUACUGAAGAUAUUUUUGGCCUGGAAGUCUUAAAUUUUCUUAGAAGAUUCUUGAGUUGAUUUUGGGAGCGAAAUUGAAGGGAUUACGAUUAUUACUGAGAAUAGUUAGUGGUGUUCAGCUGGAAAAAAAGUCAAAGGCUGAUAAUUAAUGCUGUACAAUCUCUCCAUUUUGAGCUACUAUCAAGCAGCAAGUUGUUGGCAGUAAAGGUUUUGAUGGAGUUUCUAGUUGAGGUUUGAAAUGAUGGCAGAGAGUACAGUGUUGCUAAGAACGAAGAAGGACAACUGAUGAUGCUGAGUUAUUCUGAGAAUUAAGAAGACAGCUAAGAGACACCCAAAUAAAAUAAAUAUAAAUAAAAGAAAUUUUGCCUGGUGGCUGAGAAAGAGAAAAACAAAACAGAAAAGAGCGGUGGGAAGAUGUUUACGUGUAUCGCAUGUACGAAGCAAAUGGCAGAGGGUGGGGAAGAAGUAGAAGGAGCGCGUGGAAGUGGCACGCCUAGUACAAAAGAAGCCGUCAAAAGCCUGACGGCGCAGAUCAAGGACAUGUUUAUCAAGCCCUGCACCGGGUCUAGUAGCUACAAGAAAGGACAAAGGCCUUAUCCGGAUUAUGAUAUGGCUUCAGAAGGUGCUCCAUAUCCGUAUCUGGGAGGUGGGAGCUCGAGUUCAACUCCUGCGUGGGACUUUACAAGGUCUGGUCAUCAUCAGACUGGGAGGUCAGACACUAGAUUCACUGGUGCAUUUGGCGGUGAUCGGACCCAUGGAGGGAUGGAUACUGCCUCAGUCCAAUCUUGUGAUGUGGUUGUAGAGGAUGAGGAUGAAUCCAAGGAAUGGAUGGCACAAGUGGAGCCUGGUGUUCACAUUACUUUUGUUUCUCUUCCUAAUGGAGGAAAUGAUCUAAAACGAAUUCGCUUCAGUCGAGAGAUGUUUAAUAAGUGGCAAGCGCAACGAUGGUGGGGUGAGAAUUUUGAUCGAAUCAUGGAGCUUUACAAUGUACAGAGAUUUAAUCGCCAAGCUCUUCACAGUCCACCAAGGGAGGAUGAGGGACAAAGAGAUUCCAAUUACACAAGGAUAGAAUCUGCAAGGGAAAGUCCAAUGAUCAAAGAGUGGAUGCCAAAAAACUACUAUAAACCCUCAGGACACCCUAUGGAUCAUGGCGGCACCCAACAUUAUAAUGCCGGAUCAAGUACUUAUGGUGCAACCGGUCCAAGAGGUGAGACAUCUUCUUUCGAUGCGUCACGAACAACGACCUCAUCCAGAGAUGAGCCCUCUAUUUCCGUUAGCAAUGCUAGUGAAGUAGAGGCAGAAUGGGUUGAGGAAGAUGAGCCUGGAGUUUACAUUACCAUCAGGCAAUUAGUUGAUGGAACUAGGGAGCUCCGGCGCGUCAGAUUCAGUCGAGAAAAAUUCGGAGAAGUGCACGCGAAAUCAUGGUGGGAAGACAACAGAGAAAGAAUACAAGCUCAAUACCUCUAAAUUAGAAUGAAUUUACUGGCCAUGAAUGAAGUUAAACUAGACUUAUUGAGGGUACACUUGGACGUCCUGGGAACAUAUAUAUAUAAGCUCAUUCAGUUUUGUUUCGUAGCUCGCAAUGAGUCCCAAAAGGUCUCCUCCAAGACCAAAAAGGGAAGGAUUUGCCAAUUGAGAUCUUCAUUUAUUAAUUAUUAUAAACAGAGAGAAAUUAUAUUAUACUUCACAUUUGUAGUGCCGGCUACAUUUUUUGAAUGACAAAUAUUUCUCCCCCAUGUCCAAAUGUGCCCUAUUUUGUCUUCAACAUUGCUUCCCUUAUUAGUUUUUAGUGCCAUUUUAGGACCUUUUUUUUUUCGGGUUUUUAUCUUUUUGGGAGUAUUUUGUCUCUCAAUUUAUGAACCAGAGUUUGUUCUUUGUAACAUACUUACAGUUGAUGAUUAAACAUGAUUCUAUAAUUUGUCUUCA